GAGACAUUCGCAGUAGAAUAGCUAGCAUAGGGUGUUUGCAAUUAAGGUUUUCCUCCUACCAGAAAUGCAUUGAAUGGCCUUGCAGAAGGCAGCAAGGAUUUUAGUGAGAUGUCUGCUUUAGUUAUGAUAACCCACAAUGAAAACCUCAGUGCCUCUUGUGUGAAAAGUAAAUUCCAGUUACCAAUAAAUAGCAGAGGAAUUGUACUUUAUUUGGGUACUUCUAGUAAUCAGGCACAAAGGUGAGCAAUAUAGUCCUGAGCCUAUAAUUAAUUAAUGAGCCCUUUCCUAGGCCUUAAUUAAAAUGGUAAUAAUGCUGUACACUUUCUUGGUUUUCUUUAUGUCUGUAAGACUCUGCCACUAAAACCAGGGAAUUUUAAAGUAUGAUUGCAAAUUCUUUCUGUGUUCAUUUUUCAGGUUCCAGUCUUCCAAAACGAUCCAGUCUGGCUCCAUCUCAGUCAGAGAAAUUAUGAGCUGCUAUUUAAAAUAUAAAGAAAAAUACAUAGGGAAAGAAGAUAUAAAAAUCUCCAACCACCCCAUCUAAUAAAUAUCAUAACCAUUCAACUACUCUGUCCUGCUAAGCAUAAGAACUUCUAAGAAAGAAGCUCUCAGACACUGUGUUCCAUGAAAAGCUGGACUGUCACCAUCUGAAGCCUAGCAGUGUCAUUAUUAACUUGGUCCCUUCUAUGCUCUCCCACAAAGUUUUAAUUUCUUUUGUACACUGUUUCCUAUGCCCUUACCACUACCCUUUUUUCCUGGUUUAUUUUGGUUCCCUUCCCCCAGAGUCCCUUUCACUUAAUAGACAUUUAUUCCGCAGAGUAUUCAGCUUAAGAGAUCUGUCCUAGUUCUUGAAGUUACAAAAGAAAGAAACACCAAAUUAUAUUUAUGAAAAUUACCAAAUUUUCAAAUUUGAAACACUGUUAGUAGAAAUUAAUAAUUUCUGUCUCUCUGUGCAGCUUACAUUAAAAAAAAAGGGGGGGCAGGAAAGAAGGAACUUGAGCUUCUGCAAAUCUUAGUUGUCUGAAGUGAAUGUUACCCUUACGUAGCAUACUAGUGUCCUAGCUGACUGAUCUCAUGCUGUGUCCCCAAAUAUUUUGCAAUUGUCUUCCUUUGGGGCUUCCUGUGGCUUGGAUGUUCAUCUUUCUGGAGCAGAUUUUAUUAUAGUUCUUUAUGGUAUAACACUGUAGUCUCCUCCAGUGACAAAUCUGCCAGAUCUGAAGCACACAGAAAAUGUGCCCUCUUGGAGCUCUGUCCUUAUUGGCCCGUGAAAAUGCAAAGGGGUACCUCAUGCAAAGAUGUCAAACGUGCUGCCGUUUGUCUUGCUCUUCCCAUUUCCGAUGCUGCUGUCAGGAACUUGGUUUCCCAAAAGUUUACCCUGUGAUGUUAAUACCUUCGAAGGUACUGUGACAGUGGACUGCACCAAUCGGCGUCUCCUGGAAGUCCCCAGAGGAAUCCCUGCAAAUGCUACCAACCUUACCUUAAGUAUUAACCACAUCCCCCAUAUCAAUCCGGCAUCCUUUGCCCAUCUUGUAAACCUUGUGGAGAUUGACUUCAGGUGCAACUGUGUGCCUGUCAGAAUGGGGCCCAAAGACCAUGUGUGCACCACACACCCGAAGAUCGAGAAUGGCAGUUUUGCUGCCCUGACCAGAUUGAAGUCAUUGUAUUUGGAUGCAAACCAGCUGUGGGAAAUACCCUGGGGUCUUCCUACUACUUUAAGUCUGCUGAGCCUGGAAGCAAACCAUAUCUUUUCUAUCCAAAAAGCCAAUUUGUCAGAGCUAGGAAACAUAGAAGUGUUGUAUCUGGGACAGAACUGUUACUACCGUAAUCCAUGCAAUGUUUCAUUUGAAAUUGAAAAAACAGCCUUUCUGGAGCUGAAAAAAUUAACAAUACUAUCCCUGAAGUCUAACAACUUAACUCAUAUUCCUCCCAAUUUGCCAUCUACAUUAAAGGAAUUAUAUAUUUACAAUAACAAGAUUCAAGUGAUUCAAGAACAUGACUUGAGUACCCUUCACAACCUAGAAAUUCUUGAUUUAAGUGGUAACUGCCCACGCUGCUAUAAUGCCCCAUAUCCUUGUAUUCCCUGCCCCAAGAGCACAAUUGAGAUACAUUCAAAGGCCUUUUAUUCCUUGAAAAAUUUAAGAACUUUGCGACUUCACAGUAACUCUAUUCAGAGCAUACCCAGUAGCUGGUUUAAAAACUUAAGGAAUCUCAAACAGCUUGACCUCUCCCAAAAUUUCCUCAUAAAGGAGAUUGGAGAUGCUCAGUUUCUGAAGUUUAUCCCCAGCCUUGUAGAGCUUGACCUGUCCUUUAAUUUUGAACUGAAGACGUAUUCUCCAACCUUGAAUUUGUCUAAGUAUUUUUCUUCCCUCUCUAACCUGGAAACUCUGAGGCUCAGGGGUUAUGUCUUCAAAGAACUGAGAGAAGGAAAUCUAGAUCCAUUGCUCAGUCUUAGAAAUCUAACAGUUUUGGAUCUUGGGACUAAUUUUAUUAAAGUUGCUGACCUGAGUGUGUUCAAAAAAUUCCCAUCUCUUAAACUCAUAGACCUCUCAGUGAAUAAAAUUUCUCCUUCUUCAGGUGAAAGCAACUUUUAUGGGUUUUGCUCUAAUCCUAGGAUUUCAGUAGAGCAAUACAACAGGCAAGUAUUAGAGGAAAUGCAUUAUUUCAAGUACGAUGAGUACGGGCGAAGUUGCAGGUCCAAAGACAAAGAGGCUGCUUCCUACGAAUCUUCAGUCAAAAAAGACUGCCUGAAAUAUGGAGAAACUCUGGAUUUAAGCAGAAACAACGUAUUUUUUAUUAACCCCUUAGACUUCCAGGGACUUAGUUACCUCCGAUGCCUCAACUUGUCAGGUAAUGCAAUAAGUCAGACUUUAAAUGGAAGUGAAUUCUCCUACUUGUCUGGAUUAAAAUACCUGGAUUUUUCUAACAACAGGAUUGACUUGCUAUACUCAACUGCUUUCAAGGAGUUGAAACUUCUAGAAAUUCUAGACCUAAGCAAUAACAAACAUUAUUUUCUGGCAGAAGGUGUCACUCACAUGCUUAGUUUUAUGAAAAACUUGGCCCAUCUGAAGAAGCUGAUGAUGAAUGAGAAUGAAAUUUCUACCUCUACUAACACAGGAAUGGAAAGUCAGUCUCUUCAAAUCCUAGAAUUCAGAGGAAAUCGUUUAGAUGUUUUAUGGAUGGAUGGGAAUGCUAGAUACUUGUCAUUCUUCAAGAACCUGACUGGCCUGGAAGAACUGGAUAUUUCCUUCAACUCUCUUAGUUUUUUGCCUUAUGGUGUUUUUGAAGCUAUGCCUCCAGAACUCAAAAUCCUCAACUUAACUAACAACCAGAUGAAGAGUUUCAAAUGGGAAAACCUGCACCAUCUGAAAAAACUAGAAACUCUGGACCUCAGUAAUAACCUUCUGGCUACUGUUCCCCAAGAACUGUCCAAUUGCUCUUCAACAGUCCAAAACCUGAUUCUCCGAAACAAUCACAUUCAACGGCUGAGCAAACAUUUUCUCAGAGGUGCCUUUAAACUGAAAUACUUGGACCUCAGCUCAAACAAGAUCCAAAUAAUUAAGAAAUCUAGCUUCCCUGAAAAUGUCAUUAACAACCUGAAGAUGCUGCUGUUGCAUGGCAAUCCUUUCAAGUGUAACUGUGAUGCUGUGUGGUUUGUUUGGUGGAUCAAUCAGACUCAUGUGACUAUUCCUCUUCUGGCCACAGAUGUGACCUGUGCUGGCCCAGGAGCACAUAAAGGAAAGAGCGUGGUUUUCUUGGAUCUGUAUACCUGUGAGCUGGACACCUCAUAUUUGAUCCUGUAUGCUCUGUCAGCUUCAACUGUCCUAGGCUUUAUGGUGUUCACAGUGAUGAGCCAUCUCUAUUUCUGGGAUGUGUGGUAUAGUUAUCAUUACUGCACUGCCAAGUGGAAGGGCUAUCGCCAUUUACCUUCACCAGAUGCUUGCUAUGAUGCCUUUAUUGCCUAUGACAAUGAAGAUCCAGCUGUGAAUGAAUGGGUGAUGGAAGAACUGGUUGAAAGGCUGGAAGAUGAAAGAGCCAGACAGUUCAACUUAUGCCUGGAAGGAAGGGACUGGCUCCCAGGACAGCCAGUCUUUGACAACCUUUCCCAGAGCAUUCAGCUGAGCAAAAAGACCAUAUUUGUACUGACCAACAAGUAUAUUAAAAGCGGCAACUUCAAGACAACAUUUUACAUGGCCCACCAGCGGCUUCUAGAUGAAAAAAUAGAUGUCAUUAUCUUGAUAUUUCUUGAGAAGGUUUUGCAGAAGUCCAGGUAUGUUCGGCUGAGGAAGAGGCUGUGCAGAAGUUCUGUCCUGGAAUGGCCAACUAACCCUAGAUCUCAGCCCUACUUCUGGCAGUGCCUGAAAAAUGCAAUAGCUAUGAACAAUACCCUGGCUUACAACAAGCUUCUCCAGGAAACUGUUUAGCUCUGCCCUUCCUGUAAAUAUUAUUAUGAUGCAUGAUGAGAAAAAUAUCCUAAACUUCAUUUGGAGAAGCUGUCAAAGUGUAGAGGAUAAAUGUUAAUUGUGAUAUUGUACCCCAAAAAGAAACGCACAAUUAGUCCCAAAUGAUAGUUCACUUGUUUUGCUAUGACAAGACAGAACAGAAACUGUUGCCAGCAUGGAUGUUUAGCUGAUAUUCACCCUGCUUGGCACUGACUGCUGCACAACAAGAGAAGAUGCACUACCUACUGGAAGUCCCUGGUUUAGAACAGAAUCACCACUUCCAGAUUUCAGUUCACUGGAGGCCUCCAGCACGACCUGUGGUUGGGUCAGGUGUGGGUGAGACACUUGCUCAGCUUAUCCUAGUACACAGAUUGCCAGGAGGAGUUUGGCUGUGCCUGAAGCUGCUGCUGUUCAGAUCUCUGUUGGAGUAAAUGUAGUUUUAACAGAAAAUUAUA